AUGGGAGGAAGAAGAAAAUCGAAUAGGAUGCCAAAAAAAGAAAAAGCUUAAGCAAUUAAAACUAUAUUUGAUUGUGCACUAUGUGGCUAUAAGAAUUGUGUAAUUGUUAAAAUGUAAAAUUAACAAAAUGAAAUAGAAAAAAAGUCAUUAAGAUUGCAGAAUUAAAUUGUGAUAAAUGUCAAGUUACUUUUACUACUAAAAUCAAAGGACUAGAUGAAGCUAUUGAUGUAUUUCACAAAUGGUUGGCUGAAUUGAAGUAAAAAAAACUUACAAAAGACUAACCAGAAACUAGAUUUGAUGAUAAUUCAAGUGCUGAUGAAGGAUCUGGAAGAAAUGUAGAAGGUAAAAAAUUGAUUCUAAACUUUUAAAUUAGAAAUUCUUAAAGAUAAAGGAGAUGCUGAUAAUAAAUCAUAAUUUAGUGCUGAUUCAUUAGAUGAAAAAAAUCCAUAAUAAACCAAUAAUAAUAAUGAGAAAAACACUAAAGGCAAACUUAAGAAACAACACUCAGAUGAUGGAAACAAUAAUGAAGAGGAUGACGACGAUGAUGACGAUGAUAUUUCAGAUGAAUCUAAAUUAGAUUCUGAAAGAAUUUCUGACAUUGAUAGUUUACUAAGUGAUGCAGACGACGCUGAGGAAAUUAUAAAGAAAUUUAGAAAACGUUGA